GCUAGUGUUAGGCAUAUCUGCUUUGUAGUUACUUAUCAUGGCCCGUACAAAGCAAACUGCCCGUAAAUCCACUGGCGGCAAGGCUCCACGCAAGCAGCUAGCCACCAAGGCGGCUCGCAAGAGUGCACCGGCCACCGGCGGCGUAAAAAAGCCUCACCGCUACCGUCCUGGCACGGUGGCCCUGCGCGAGAUCCGCCGCUACCAAAAGUCCACAGAGCUUCUUAUCCGUAAAUUGCCUUUUCAACGCCUUGUGCGUGAGAUUGCCCAGGACUUCAAGACCGAUUUGCGGUUUCAGAGUUCGGCGGUGAUGGCACUGCAGGAGGCAUGUGAAGCCUACCUGGUGGGUCUUUUCGAGGACACCAAUUUGUGCGCUAUUCACGCCAAGCGCGUUACCAUCAUGCCCAAGGACAUCCAGCUAGCCCGUCGCAUCCGCGGGGAGAGAGCAUAAAUUCCACUGAGAUUUCAAGCAAAGGCUCUUUUCAG